AUGAUGUGGUUAUGUCACCUAUCGUCCUCAUUGUGCCGCUGUUACCGGCUGAAAGGUUUCUCGCUCCUGAAGCGUGUUCCAAUGUCGACAGGGGCCUCUGUCCGACUUCUACAACAGCCCGUCGGAGACUGGCUGGAGGUGGUGGGGUUGCCGCAGUACGAAAGCAAGCUGCUCCUCAACGGUUUUGAUGACCUUCACUACAUGGGGAGCAAUGUAAUGGAGGAGCACGACUUGCGAGAGAUUGGGAUCGCAGACCCAAGCCACAGAAAGAAGAUCUUGUAUGCAGCACGUUCGUUACCCAAGGUGAAAGCACUGGGCACUGAUGGCAGCAAUUCCCUCUCCUCCUGGUUGGAAAACCUGGGACUGAAUGAGUACAUCCAUAACUUCCUGUCCAGUGGUUACCGCUCUCUGGACUGUGUCAAAAACCUUUGGGAGCUGGAGAUUGUCAAUGUCCUUAAAAUCACCCUGCUUGGUCACAGGAAGCGGAUUAUUGCAUCAUUAGCAGAGAGGUCCUAUGAAGAGCCUCCAAUCAAGCCACCUCGGUUGUCUCAGAUUAGGCGGAAUGAGGAGCGACCCCGAGAAUCACGACUGAUUCUUCGACCGCCUAGUUUAGCGGCCCCAUAUGCCCCGGUCCAGAACUGGCAGCACCAGCCUGAGAAGCUCAUCUUUGAAUCUUGUGCAUAUGAAGCCAGCUAUUUGGGUUCCAUGCUGAUUAAAGAGCUACGGGGCACGGAGUCUACCCAGGAUGCCUGUGCCAAAAUGAGAGUUAGUAUUCAGAGGUCGACAGAACAAAUGAGAAAAGUUCCGACCAUUGUCCUCUCUAUCACAUACAAAGGUGUGAAGUUCAUUGAUGCUGCCAACAAGAAUAUUAUCGCAGAGCAUGAGAUUCGUAACAUUUCAUGCGCAGCUCAGGACCCCGAAGACUUGUGCACAUUUGCCUACAUCACCAAAGACUUGCAGACGAGCCACCACUACUGUCACGUGUUUAGCACUAUUGACGUGAACCUCACCUAUGAGAUCAUACUGACACUGGGUCAAGCGUUUGAGGUGGCAUAUCAGCUGGCUCUGCAAGCCCAGAGGACCAAACAGCACCAGAAGCCAGGUCCCGCUUCAGAUCUCAUUGAGACAAAGUCCAGCCGUCCUGUGCCCAAACCACGGGGCAGUGUUCGGAAGUCAGGGGGUGUCCUUUUGGAACAGGAGGGAGAUUCCCAGUCACAGAGCGGGGCCACGUGGCUCGUGGACCCCAAGGAACCCAAGUGUACAAUCAGCACUAAGUAUGAGACCACCAUAUUUUGA